AUGGACGCCACUGUCUUCGCCUUCAACGUCUCCAAUCCCCCCAACUUUAUCUCCACCAACCUCCAAAUCACCAUCUCCUCCCGUAACCCCAACGACCGCAUCGGCAUCUACUACGACAAGCUCGACGUCUAUGCCACUUACUGUGGUCAGCAGAUCACCCCACCGACUCCUCUCCCCUCCGCUUACCAGGGUCAUAAGGACGUUAACAGUUGGUGUCCGUUCGUGUGCGGAAACUGGGUGCCGGUGGCGCCGUACCUGGCAGUGACGCUUGCCCAGGACCAGGUCGCGGGGACGGGGCUUCUUAACAUCAAGGUCGACGGGAGGAUGAGGUGGAGGGUGGGUUCUUUCAUCUCGGGCAGUCACCAUCUUCAUGUUAACUGCCCUGCUUACAUCUCGUUUGGCAACACGAAUAGCGGUAUCUCCGUUGGACCCGCCGUUAAAUAUCAGCUGGCGCAGAGCUGCCACGUUGACGUUUGA